CCUCAAAACAAGGCUAAAAAGACUAGAAUAGUGACACUAGAAUGUACAAAUAUACCCAACAUCAAAGACCUAAGAUCGAAAAGGAUAGACAAAAAGAUGAAGCUCUUAAGAGGAAAGAAGUAUGGAAGCAAUCAAGAAAAGGUAAAGUGAUGACAUGUAGCAAAUGUGGACUGAGAAAUCAUAAUUCAAGAGGUUGCAGAAAGCAUUCAAAGCGAGGAGUUGCUAAGCAGAAACAGGUUGUUGAAGAGGAUCUUGUUGAAGAGAAUAUCAACUUAACAGCUUCCUACCCAACUCAAGAAAGUCAGCAUAUUCUUGACUCUGUGUACCCUGGUAGUGGCUCAAUGCCUGACUUAGAGCCAUAAAGAAACACUUGAGACUUUUUAGGAAGAUUUAGAUUGGCACAGCAAUGGAACAUUUAGGUUAUCUCAUCACUGACUGCGCUCUGCGUUUUGAUGGUGCUUUGAAUGUGGAUGUGAACAAAUUCCAAACUAACUUGGUUCCAUACCCAAGGAUUCAUUUCAUGCUUUCUUCAUACGCACCUGUGAUCUCUGUUGAAAAGGCAUAUCAUGAGCAGUUUUUUGUUGUAGAAAUUACUAAACUGCUCUCGAGCCAUCGUCUAUGAUGGUCAAGUGUGACCCGCGACACGGGAAAUACAUGGCUUGUUUUUUGAUGUACAGAGGUGAUAUUGUGUCCAAGGAUGUUAAUGUUGUUGUCACCACAAUUAAGACCAAGAGGACCAUUCAGUUUGUAGACUGGUGCCCAACUGGGUUCAAAUGUGGUAUCAAUUACGAACCACCAACUGUUGUCCCUAAGGCUAGGGAAGAUUUGGCUACUCUUGAGAAGGACUUUGAGGAAGUUGGAUGUGAGUCUGGUG